CGUGUUGACACUGCAGCAUCAAGAUGUCGUACAUGCUACCGCAUCUCCACAACGGCUGGCAGGUCGACCAAGCCAUCCAAUCCGAGGAAGACAGAGCACUGGUUAUUAGGUUUGGACACGAUUGGGACCCAACAUGUAUGAAAAUGGACGAGGUGUUGUACAGCAUAGCUGAAGAGUACCAACAUCACUAUUCCUCACUACACGUGAAAAAUUUUGCAGUCAUCUAUUUGGUGGACAUCACAGAGGUGCCGGACUUCAACAAGAUGUACGAGCUGUAUGACCCUUGUACUGUCAUGUUCUUCUUCAGGAACAAGCACAUCAUGAUAGAUCUGGGGACAGGUAACAACAACAAGAACAACUGGACCAUGGAGGACAAGCAGGAGAUGAUUGACAUUGUUGAGACCAUUUACCGAGGGGCGAGAAAGGGACGAGGUCUGGUCGUAUUUCCUAAAGAUUACUCCACAAAAUACAGAUACUGAUUGGUUCUUCGCUUUCCAGUACUUUGCGUGGAGCCCGAUUGCAGCAAAUCUGUGUCCUUCAAUAUGAGAUAUUCUGGACAACUGGAUUACAGACAGGCUCUGAUCUAGGGGCCCUGCUCUCUUUUUUUAUGUUAUAACUAAGUCACCUUUUUUUUCAACAGCCGUUAUAAAAUACAUCAUUUGGUUUCUUCUUUAUGUAAUAAAUGCCAUGUUCAUAUUGAUAGUUGUCACUUCACAGUCCAUAUUCUUGGACCCAGAUUGAGGCUAGUCCUCGAUUUAAUCAUUUUCAAUGAAGAAUCUCCAUUGAAAGUGUGUUAUAGUUCAGGACUAGACUUAAUCUGGGCCUGGAAAAUUGGCCCUUAUGUUUAAUCUUAUGUUUAAUCUUAUGUGACCUGUUUCUCCUGAAAUGUUAUGGGUAGUGUCGUGAUGACAGGAAGACUUGGAAUGAUCCAACCCCAUCAUAUUGUUUAAAAAAAAUGUGAAUACACAUUUAUUGUAUUAUAGAAAAAAUUAUGUAUUGUGUCCAUGUAACAAUUGUUUACAUGGUAAAAAUCCAUCUAAGUGAUAUCCCAUUAAAUUAUAUAGCAAAUGCCAUAGGCUGAUGUAACACAACAAUAGAUCAGUAAUAACUAGACUCUGUGUAGCCCUUUGUCACGGCAUAUCUUCUGUCCCAGAAAUCGGGUGAAAUUAGCCGAUCUGAUACGUGUUAACCCGAGGGCUUGGUCACUUAGAAGUCUGCUGCUCCUCCAAACCAGCCUGGGUCAUCAGGUCAACAACGUUCUUCUCCAGGUCAUCAAUUCGAAUCCCCACUUCAUCCAAUGGGUUGGUUAAAGGCAGUCUCGCAAUAUAUGUAAUUACAUUAUUAUUAUAAUACACUGUGCAUAGUUAGGUUGUACAUGAAACAGGAUUUUUUAACAGAGAAAAUACAUUAAAUGCAUAUUUUAUUCUCUGAAAAACCACUGGAUUUUCAUAAACCCUUUUUUAAAUCUCUGAUAAAAAAAACAGCUGCAAUUUUGAGAUUAGGUCUAUUGCUUGAAUAUCCUAUUAUUUGUAUGCACUAUAAGCUCAACGGCAGCUUUGAGAUGCUGUUCUUCAAUAGCAGAGAGUCAUUCUAUACAACAGUUGCUAGUAGUAGGGUAUGAUUAAAAGGAUAUUUUUUAGAAACAA